UCCGGAGGUCGGUUUAAUUUGAAGCCCAGUUUGGAUCUGUCCAUUGAAAUCACCACAAAGGCGUCAUUCAGGAGCUCUACCAGAAAUAAUAUCCUGAGGAGAGUCAAGAUGAAACGCAGGGCGUUACUGGUUUCAAACUCAACAAUGUAUGGAGGCAGCUACCUGGAACAUUGCCAGGAACAAAUAGUCAAUUUUUUUGGCGACAAAGUGAAGAGAAUUUUAUUUAUCCCGUAUGCUUUGCAUGACAGAGAUGCAUAUGCCAAGAAAGCACGGUGUAAAUUUGAAAGUCUGGGUUAUGGAUUGGACAGUAUUCACGAAGUUCCAGAUCCUGUGGGAGCAGUACAGAAAGCACAAGGAAUCUUUGUGGGUGGUGGGAACACAUUUCGCCUGCUGAAAGUUCUGUACGACAACAAACUGGUUUCGGAGAUACACAGGAGAGUCUUCCAGGAUGGUAUUCCUUACCUGGGGUCCAGUGCUGGGACAAACGUAGGCACUGUCAGUAUCAACACUACCAAUGAUAUGCCGAUUGUCUAUCCACCUUCAUUCAAAGGCAUUGGUCUGGUUCCAUUUAACAUAAACCCUCACUACCUGGAUGAAGAUCCCAACAAUCAACACAUGGGGGAAACACGGGCAAAGCGCAUUGAACAAUACCAUGAGGAACCUGAUACACCACCAGUCAUGGGUUUGCGAGAGGGUUCCAUGCUCCUGGUCGAAGGUGAUAAGGCCACACUGUUAGGAACCACUGGUGCUCGCUUGUUCAUCCGGGGAGAGAAAGCCACAGAGCAUGACCCUGGAGCAGACUUCAGCUUCCUUCUGACAGACUCUCACUGACUGAACUGCUAAUAGGAGUCCAAAUACAACAAAGGAAAUAAUAUUGAAUGAAUAAA